AUUUCCGCUAAAUCUUUAGAAACAGAGUAGCUAAGUAAGACUGGGACAAACCAGGGAAAUAAUCCAAUCCGAAAGCAACGAUCUAAAAACAGACUAACAAUGGAAGACUUAUGGAAGCGAGCGAAGAGUUUCGCUGAAGAAGCAGCCAAGCAAUCUCAAACUCUAACCAACUCCGCCAAAAUCACCGACCUAGUCUCCGAACCCGCCAAGAGAUCCCGAGAGUUCGCGGCCGAGGCGUCGAAAAAAGCCGACGAGAUCAAAACGGCGGCGCUUAAGCAAGCCGAUCAGAUCAAGUCCCUCUCCGUCUCGGAGAUCAUCCCCCCUCAGCUCUCCUCGCUCUCGAUCGUCAAUUCCGCCUCUGCCUCCGCCGUUGAGCCGCCGUCCCCGUCUGAACUCAAGAAGUUCGGAGUCACCGACGAUCUCAGAGACUUCGUCAAGGGACUCACUUCCGAUACCUUCAAGCACUUUCCGAUCCAAGAUGCAGCGGAGGAAGUCUCCGAGGUGCCGACUACGGCCUCGAAUGUGAGGAAAGAUCUGACGGAGUGGCAAGAGAAGCAUGCAACUUUCGUUCUCACUACUGUUAAGGAAAUUUCGAGGUUGAGAUAUGAAUUAUGCCCACGUGUAAUGAAAGAAAGAAGAUUUUGGAAGAUAUAUUUUACCCUUGUGAGCAGUCAUGUAGCUCCAUAUGAGAAGCAAUACAUGGAGGAGAUGAAGGUCAAGGAAGCAGAGCAAUUAAAAGAUGAUACUGUGAAGCCAACACCUGUAGUUGGAGGGACUGACCAAGCAGAAGGAUCAGAAAAGAAGAAGUUAGCUUCCAAGUCAUCAUCAGCUGAGCAGGACUUGGAUAGUUUCCUCUUGGGUGAUCUGGAAGACAGUGAUGGGGGUCCAGAUGAUGCUGAUGGCGAUGGUAGCUUUGAUGAUGAUUUUGACAAGAUUGAAAAUUCGGAUGUUGAAGAUGAGAAGCAUGCGAAGAAAUGACAACUGCUACAGAAGAAAAUAUCGACCAGGCUUCUGGAAGACUGUAACAAAUAGAUGCCAUAUGAAGAAGGAAAGGACAUCGAGCAGUUUUCCGUUAUCUCAAAUUUUUUAAUUUUUUAGUUGUAGAGUUGAUUACUUUGUAAAACUCGAAGUGAGAGAUGCCAUUUAAAGUCCAUUCGUUAGUUAUAUUUUCCCUAGACAGUGACGGAUACUGAUGCCUGUUUGUCUCCGAACGGGGUCUACCCUAUUGCUUUUCCUGUACAGAACAGAUGACCUGAUUAUGUUAAAUAUGCUUCUUUUUACAUGGCCCAUAAA